AUGACGACGACGACACUGCUACGAGGCGUCCUGCGCCGGCCAGCGCCAUGGCUGCGCACGCGAGCCGGCCAGCGAAGGCUGCAGUCCACGAAGCACAACCCCGAACAGCCCCGCCAGACGCCCAAGCAGCAGGACCCGAUCCCCGUGCCUAACACGGUGCCGACGAUUCCACUGUGGCAGCGGCUGGGUCCGUUGACCACGGCGGCGGAGGGCUAUGCGCGGGCGCAGAGGAACAGGCCGUACUGGACGCAGUUUGUGACGGCGCUCGUCAUCUACUUUUGCGCCGACAUGUCGGCCCAGCGGAUGAGCGGCAAGGAGUACGCGCCGGAGAGGACGGGGAGGUCGCUGAUUAUCGGAGGACUGUCGGCGAUUCCGAGCUACAAAUGGUUCAUCUUCCUCUCGGUCAACUUCAACUAUGCGUCGCGCAUCGGGUCCCUGGCCGUCAAGAUCAUCGUCAACCAGACGUGCUUCACGCCGCUGUUCAACUCGUACUUUUUCGGAAUGCAGGCGUUCCUCGCGGGCGACAGCCUCGAGCAGGUCGUGGAGCGGAUCCGACGGACGGUACCGACGAGCAUCGUCAACUCGUGCAAGCUGUGGCCUGCGGUGACGGCCUUCAGCUUCACAUUCAUUCCGAUGGAGUACCGCAGCGUCUUCUCUGGCGUCAUUGCCGUUGGCUGGCAGACUUAUCUGAGCUUCUUGAACCGGGAGGCAGAGGUGGCCGAGGAAGCAGCUGCGCUCGCGGCUGGCCGGGAGGUGGUGCCAGUAGUCCCAGAAAGCCGCGAACUGGCGAGGAUGGAGGCGUGA